CUGGUGUAAAUCCUGUGGUGUGACUCUCCCUGAGUCAUGUGACCUGCCUUUGUUUCCGUGGCGACGCCUGUCAAUCAUUAACGUGGACUCUGGAUCGGCGCGGCGGCAGGUUCAGGCUCCGAGGCUCCUCCCACUCGCCGAUGACAUCAUGGACCCGCCCUUUUCAAGCCCCGCCCCUGGACCUGAGCUCGUCCAAUCACUGCGCAGCCCUCAGCUCCAGAACGAGUUCUUCAGAGAGCGUCAGAGGCGUUUUUGUGACCCGCAGAGCGAUGACUCCUCCCCCUCUGCUCAUCUAAGCCCCGCCUCCUCCAGUCCCGCCUCUUCAAGCCCCGCCUUCUCAAGCCCCGCCUCCUCAAGCCCCGCCUCCUCCAGUCCCAGGCUGAGUCCUCAGUCCAGUCCUAGUCCUGGAUUUCGUCCAGUUCCGUCUUUGUCCAGCGCGGAGCUCGUGGCCGAACUCAAGUCCAGGUCUGAGCCUCUGAGACCGGUCCCGAAGAAAACUCCAGGUCUGACCCGAGUCUUCUCCGGACAAGGACGAGCUCCGGCCAAUCAGACGCCUCCGCAGCACAGUCAUCAGCCAAUCACAGCACAGCUCAGCCGCGACUCAGGAAGGGCCACAAAACAGGACUCGACCAGGACUAAACCGGGACCAAACCAGGACUCGACCAGGACUAAACCAACAACAUCUAAAUCUAAGACUAAAUCUAAACCAGGACUAAACCAGGACUAAAUCAAGACUAAACCGGGUCUAAACCAGGACUCGAUCAGGACUAAACCGGGACUAAACCAGGACUCGAUCAGGACUCAACCAAUGUCUAAAUCUAAGACUAAAUCUAAACCAGGACUAAAACAGGACUAAACCGGGACUAAACCAGGACUAAAGUCAAGUUGAUUUCUUGUUUUGAAUCGUGUAUUUUUGUAAAUAAAUCCUAAAUGUUUUUUUCUGUCUGAAGUUUGAUUUUUAUUUCUGGAACAUAAAGUAAAAGUAGAAAAGUACAAAACUCAAGUCCACGUCUGAGGAUCUACGGAAGCCCAGAGCGGCCAACAAAAAAAAAAAAAAAAAGGCAGCUCAGGGCUUCCGUAGGUGUCUGUGCUUUACUGGAUACUUUUUACUUUUACUUGAGUACA